GGAGAGUGGGAUACUGGGAGAGCCGGAAGAGCCGCACACAGAUCCCAGUCAACUGCUUCUCCAUCAGAGCUUGAGGUACGAAGGGGCUACAUCCGCCAGGGGGGUUUCCAAAAUCGAGUUUAGACUCUGGUCCGAGCUACCUUUGUCGUUGACGUGUGUGUUGCACUGAACAUGUGGAAGGCAGCAGCAGGACAGACAGUCAAUGUGGCUGUAAAUGACGAAGGUGACGACUGGGAGACUGACCCAGACUUUGAGAAUGACCUAUCGGAGAAGGAGCAGCGCUGGGGGGCCAAGACGGUGUUGGGCUCAGGGCAUCAGGAGCACAUCGAUAUCCACCAGCUGCGUGAGACGGUGUCGACGGAGCACACCAGCUUGAAGCAGAAGGAGAUGGAGACCAUGCCCAAAGCCUCGCACGGAUAUGGAGGAAAGUUUGGAGUGCAGCAGGACCGCAUGGACAAGUCUGCUGUGGGUCAUGACUACCAGAGCAAGUUGUCCAAGCACUGUUCCCAGACGGAUACUUCCAAAGGCUUUGGAGGGAAGUUUGGUGUGCAAGCUGAUCGCGUUGACCAGUCGGCUGUUGGCUUUGAGUAUGCUGGGAAGACAGAGAAACACGCUUCUCAGAAAGACUACACCACUGGGUUUGGGGGGCGAUACGGAGUGCAGGCAGACCGUGUCGACCAGAGCGCCGUGGGCUUCGAUUACCAGGGCAAAACCGAGAAACACGAGUCCCAGAAAGAUUAUGCCAAGGGCUUCGGCGGCAAGUUUGGUGUUGAGACCGACAAGGUGGACAAGAGCGCUGUGGGCUUUGAGUACCAGGGCAAAACGGAGAGGCACGAGUCCCAGAAAGACUAUGUGAAGGGCUUCGGGGGAAAGUUUGGCGUGCAGACGGACAGACAGGAUAAAUCUGCGCUGGGAUGGGACCACCAGGAGAAACUGCAGCUCCACGAGUCCCAGAAAGACUAUAAGCGUGGGUUUGGAGGGCAGUAUGGGGUAGAGGUGGACAAGCAGGACCAGUGUGCCCUGGGCUAUGAGCACAAGGAGAGCCUGGCCAAGCACGAGUCCCAGAAAGAUUAUUCAAAGGGAUUUGGAGGGAAAUUUGGUGUCCAAAAUGACCGCAUGGAUAAGAGCGCAGGGACCUUUGAAGAUGUGGAGAAGCCGAAGCCCUCUUACCAGAAGACCAGACCUGUGGAGGCCGCUGGCAGCAGCACGGGCAGCAUCAAGGCCCGCUUCGAGAACAUCGCCAAGCAGAAGGAGGAGGAGGACAAGAAGAGGGCGGAGGAGGAGCGAGCCCGCCGACAGGCCAAGGAGAAGCAGGAGCAAGAGGAGGCGCGCCGUAAAAUCGAAGAGACGCCCAAGGCCCCGUCUCCUGUCCCCCCUGCGAGCCCCAGCCCCACCCCUCCGGUCCAGCCAGCUGCCGCCGCGUCGUACCAGGACACGGAGGAAGUGUCCUCUGACGCAGCUGCUGAGGAGAACGGCGAGCAUCUGUAUGAGACGGCGCCACCGAACCAGUACGGCCAGCAGGAGGAGCUGGACCUCUACGAGACCCCCGACAGCACUGCAGGCGGAGACGGACAGCAGUACGAGUACAGCGAGGACCUCGGGGUGACGGCGGUGGCCCUGUAUGACUACCAAGCAGCCGGCGAUGACGAGAUCUCCUUCGACCCGGACGACAUCAUCACCAACAUCGAGAUGAUCGACGAGGGCUGGUGGCGAGGCGUGUGCAGAGGCGCCUACGGCCUUUUCCCGGCCAACUACGUGGAGGUUCGGCAGUGACGAGAUGAGCCGAGUCCCGAUCCGUGUGCGAACAAAAAGAAGAGAGAGAGAGAGACGCUUUCAGACCCCACUUCCUGUCCACUUUCCUGUCUUCACCUCAUCUUAGCGAGCGUCGCACUGCGAGACGUCCUCAGGUCUCCUCGCUGGCCUUCCUUUGCUUCCUUUUCCCGUCCCUCCUCCGAAUCCGAAUUGACUUUGUUUCCCUCCGUGCAGCAGAAAACAGGGAGGAUGAGUGAGUCACCAACAGAUUACCCACAAGUCUCCACGUGGGCUGCAAAAUGCAGCGUGGACGUUCAGGCCCUGAGGUGUUCAGCUUCCUGCCACACGCGGCAUUCUGCAGCUUCGCGGCGUUAGAGCUGAGCCUCGCGACGUUUCGAUCGGGCGAGCGGAGUAACGGCGAGUCCGAAACGUCUCGGAGCAGCUUGGCGUUGGACUGGAACGUAAACUGGUGGUUGAAGCUGAGCAGGACGCGAGUUUGGACCAAAAAGCUGAUGAAGCGUUUGCUUGUUGGUUUGUCUGCGUAAACUUUAAUUUCCCCUCCUGACUGAAGCUGCACUUCAUCGAUUCUCAAAGAGGAAACUUCCACUGAAGCUUCUGCGUUUUUCUUUUUUGCAUCAGUCCUAAAUUGACUCUAAGAUCAAUAAUCAGGUUUCCCGGAUGUUUAAAUUAGAAUAAGGAGGGACGUAACGAUGGCGUUACCUUAAUCAACUUCCUGCAGCGUGUCGGUCGGUGACACCGUGUACAGACGUCUCAAUUUGAAAACAUAUUGGUGUUUCCUGUCCUUUGGGGGUGUGUGUGUGUGUGUGUGUGUGCUGACGUGUUGAUGUCCACGCGUGGGGCCCAUCACGACCUCUGAGGACGAACAGGCUUUGGUUUGUCAACACUAAUUACCCCUGACAGACGGCAGGUGUGCUCGUCUGUUGAUCGCAGUGGUGUAGCUUAAACCAGGAUGUGUGUGUGUGUGUGUGUGUGUGUGUGUGUGUGUGUGUGUGUGUGCGUGUGCGAGGGCUUUCAUUAAAAUCAUCUUUGGUGUUUUAUAAUAAAAAUAAAAGUGACCUUUUCAGAUGCAUUAUUUUUAUCUGUACUUCUGUUCGCUCGAGUCACGUCAUCACCUGCUUGUUCUUAUUUUUUAGUUUCAAUAAAUAAAAUACUGAAUAUGAACGA